UCGCGAACCGACGCCUGUUGGUCGCGCGAUUAACCGUCGUCCCGACGACGGUGGUCGGUUUUUGAAAAACAAAACGGCGUCCGUAGCGCUUUCCGUUCUCUCUUGCGACGCUCGUGUGCCCGUCGUUCGUUCGGCUCCGAUUUCGUGACCCGAGUGGACUCCGCAGUGGACGUCGUCGUCGGAUUUGUCGUGUGCGACCAGUGCACGCGGUGCCGCCGCCGGUCGAUUUGUGCGUUGUCGAUCGAAAAGCCACCGGCCACCAUGGCGUGAACGCGUCGCACGCGCUGCUACCGCUUGACCGCGUUCUAUUAUUAAACGCGUUCGUCUUCGCCCCGGCGCGUAACCGCGGUACCCGAUGUAAUACCACCCGUACAUAUAUGCAUACGUUAAUAUUACGUUUCAAUAACGAUACGGACGACGCACCGUCCGCCCGACAUCGUUGUCGUAACAAUCAUCGUGGCGGGGUUAGACCAUUACCGUGCGACAGGAGUCGACGGCGGUACACCUAACAUCGUUGCGAAACACGCACAGCACAUGGGUAACACUGCCGCGUUCGCACGUAACCAACACCCCGGUCCGGGGCGCACGCGUGCCACGACGUGAUAUUUACGUGCACGCGUGUUAGGACAUUAUAUCUAUAUUUAUAUACGUGCGCGUUCGCGCAGCACCGGAAAACGCACGAGCGACGUAUUUACGUUGCGCUGGAUCGUGCCGUCACCGGCGGACGGACGGAAGCGGAACACGAGAACACGAAUAGUAGAAGGAGGCGACGGCGGCGGAGCGUCUACGGUUUCUAUAACCAUACGCGCCGGUUGCGCGGUAUAUAGUUAGUACACAUAUCGGACGGGCGGCGGAGUGAUCGAACCUUCCAAGCUGGCCCAUCAGUUUUGGCUCGGUUGGGGUUCGGGCUCGGGCUCGUGCCGCGCGCAGACGGACGAGGAGAAGAAGGAGAAAAAGGAGAUGGCCGAGGCGGCGGCCCGGCACGAGCUGUACACGCAACAGCAGUGGGCCCACCAGCGGGCCGAACGUGCCGAGCGGAACGCCGAGAGACUGGAGAGGGAGAUACAGGCGCAAGCCGCUUCGGCCGCGGCGUCCGAGUCCCUGGCCGAGCUCCAUUACGUCGACAGCCUGUCCGGCUCCGUGCAAUCCAUAUGCAAGGCGCCGAUAGCCAGCCUGGACUGCAUGGCCGACCUGGGUAGCACCACGGAACAACUGUGCGCCAAACUGCAGGCGGCUGCGGCCAAGGAGUCGGUGGAGCGUGCGUCGUCCGCGCAAUCGCCCAGCGUGACGUCCGGGCUCCGGUACCGAAACCUGGGCAAGAGCGGCCUGCGAGUGUCCAACAUCGGGCUGGCUACGUGGACAACGUUCAACACGGCCAUAAACGAGGAGCAGUUGGAUGCCGUGGUGACGGCCGCGUACAACGCGGGAAUCAACCUGUUCGACCUGACCGAGGGGCCGCAGAGCAGCGAACAGGCCGAGACGCAGCUCGGCAUCAUACUCAAGAAAAAGAACUGGAAGCGCGUGUCAUACAGCCUCAUCACCAAAAUACGUUGGCACUACAAGUCCGAAGAACGAGGAUUGUCGCGUAAACACAUCAUCGAGUCGGUCCGAUCAUCCGUCGCAAGACUUCAACUCGACUACAUAGAUAUAGUCCUGAUACAAAAAGCCGAUCCAAUGUGCCCACUUGAAGAAGUGGUCAGAGCGAUGGACUUUCUCGUGUCGGAGGGUCUGAUAAUGUAUUGGGGCACGGCCAAGUGGUCGCCCAUCGACGUCACAGAGAUGUACACGGCGUGCAGACAGUUGAACUGUUCGACGCCCAUACUUGAACAAUCGGAAUAUCACAUGCUGUGCAGGGAAAAGGUCGAGAUCUACAUGCCCGAAUUGUACAACAAGAUCGGCGUCGGUUUGAUGGCUUGGUCGCCGUUGGCCAUGGGGCUUUUGCCCUCGUUCAAAGACUCCCUCCGCAGCCGAUCGUCCAACAGGACGAAAGCUUCGAGUAUCAGUUGGAACCAAGACGAUCGAAAACCUCCAACUAAAGAGAAUAAUGAACCGCUGACAGCAAGAAAUACCAAGGAAAUACUGUUUUCAAUUUCAUUAGUAGCCGACCGUCUUGGCUGUAGCUUGGUACAACUAUGUAUAGCGUGGACAUUAAAAAAUGAAAGCGUUCAGUGUCUUUUACUUGGAGCAGCAACAACACAUCAAUUUUAUCACGCUUUACACGGACUACAGUUGUUGCCAAAACUCAACUCAAACGUAAUGGCCGAAUUGGAACGUAUACUGGACAAUAAACCAAUUCGACCUCCAAUGGUUUCAACUCUAGCAAUGAGAUGACAGACCGUGUGCCCUCCUGGCAUGUUGGGGGGCACAGGCAUGUCUGCUGAUGGGCUGAAAGAUGGCAAUGAUGAGUUUGACAUGAAAGAACGAAAAGUGCCGUUUUGUGUGCUUCAAUAAAAUAGUUCUUGUGAAGAAUGUUGAAGUAUUGUUAGCAUUUUAGUUUUGAAGUUAAAUAUACGUCCAAUUUUAAUAGA